UUAAAAAGUCACGAGCCUGUGAAUGGAACGGGGCUUGAGACGGACUCUCUCCCUCUCUCUCUAGAAUCAAGGAUUCUCGCCAUUUCCCUCCCAGGCGGCCUGUUUCCUCUGUGUUUUGACUUCAAUAACAAAUGAUCAGUACAGUACAGUACAGGAGAAUGUCUCUCCCCCCACCUACUCUCUUUCUUUUUAUUGGAUAAGGGGAUUGAGUGGGCGGUUCACAUGCCUUUUCUAUUUACAAAAUGGCGCACAAAUACCACUACUCAUACUGUUCUCCUUGUUCCUUCGUUUCGUCGCAGGCAGGAGCCAUGGCUUUUUGUCAUCUCACAACCCUCUCAUUCUCUCUACUUGCUGCUGUUUUUCUCUCCAUUUGUGCACCUCUGGUUGCAGAAAGUAAUGCUUACAUUGUUUACAUGGGAGAGAAGCUGAACCAGGAGGCUGAACAAAUUCAAGACUUGCACCACCGCGUUCUAUCGGACCUACUUGGAAGUGACGAGGCAUCCUCGGCAUCAAUGCUAUACAGCUACAAGCAUGGCUUUUCUGGUUUCGCUGCAAUCUUACCGCCUUAUGUGGCGAAGCGUAUUGUGGAUUAUCCUGGAGUUGCUCGUGUUAUGCCUAACCGUAUCCUCAAUAUACAAACCACUAGAAGUUGGGAUUUUCUGCAUAUGAAUCCCAUUUCCAUGCAUGGCCUUCUCUCUGAGAGCAGGUUUGGUCAAGGAUCAAUUAUUGGCAUUCUGGACACAGGUAUAUGGCCAGAAUCUGAAAGUUUCAAGGACCAUGGUAUGAGUGAAGUUCCAUCUCACUGGAAAGGUGUGUGUCAGGAAGGAGAGCAAUUCAGUUCUUCCAAUUGUAACAGGAAAAUAAUUGGUGCACGGUGGUACAUUAAAGGGUACAAUGCUGAAUUUGGGUAUCUGAACACAAGUGACAGUUUCGAGUUUCUAUCUGCAAGGGAUGCAGUUGGUCAUGGUUCUCACACAUCAUCCACAGCAGCAGGUGCUUUUGUGAGCAAUGCUAGUUUUAUGGGGCUUGCCAAAGGGGUAGCAAGGGGUGGCGCUCCUCACUCAAGAAUAGCUGUGUACAAAGUUUGCUGGGCAAGUGGCGGUUGCAGCUCAGCUGACCUGCUUGCUGCUUUCGAUGAUGCGAUCUCUGACGGGGUGGAUGUGCUAUCUGUUUCUUUAGGCUCAGCCCCGCCCCUUGACCCCUUUGUUGAAGAUGCCUUGGCUGUUGGUUCCUUUCAUGCAGUGGCUAAAGGAAUCACUGUAGUUUGCUCCGGAGGAAAUUCUGGUUCGCGCCCUCAGACAGUCAUAAAUACUGCUCCUUGGCUUGUAACUGUUGCAGCUAGCACAAUUGAUCGGUCAUUUCCAACUACAAUAACAUUGGGCAAUAACCAGACUCUUGUGGGUCAAGCCUUAUAUACUGGUAGGUCUUCAGGAAAGUUCCUUGGGGUAGUUUAUUCCGAAGACAUUGCUUUGAGUGGUGGUGAAACUGAUAAAGCAAGUACGUGUGAAGAAGGUUCUUUGAAUGCUACUUUAGCCAAAGGAAAGGUGGUCCUCUGUUUUCAGUCGCGAUCUCAGGGGUCAGCUGUUGUCGCCAUCAAAACUGUCAAGGAAGUUCAGGGUGUUGGGCUUAUUUUUGCUCAGUUUCCAACCAAAGAUGUUUUUUCUUCCAUAGAUUUUCCUUUUGUUCAAGUUGAUUACCAGAUUGCAACAAUUAUCCUUGCAUAUAUACAAAAGACAAGAUAUCCAAUUUUAAGGUUUGGCUUUACAAAGACAGCUUUAGGAACAUCAAUAUCUCCAGAAGUGGCUUUUUUCUCUUCACGAGGACCCAAUUCGUUGGCCCCCUCAGUCUUGAAGCCUGACAUAGCUGCUCCUGGUGUAAACAUCUUAGCUGCAUGGUCCCCUUAUAAUCCUCCUGUAAAAACAGAUACACAAGGGCCCCUUUAUUACAACAUUGAAUCUGGUACCUCAAUGUCCUGUCCUCAUGUAUCUGGAAUUGUGGCUCUUCUCAGAUCUCUUCAUCCUAGCUGGACCCCAGCUGCAAUAAAAUCUUCACUCGUCACAACAGCCUCCACAAGGGAUCUCUAUGGACAGCACAUUAUUGCAGAGGGAGCGCCACAUAAGCAGGCUGACCCUUUUGAUUAUGGAGGCGGUCAUAUCGACCCUAACAAGGCUGCAAAUCCAGGGCUUAUAUUUGACAUGGGUGUUGCUGAUCACAUUCGUUUCCUCUGUUUCAUGGGCUACAAUAACUCUGCUAUCAGCUUAAUGGCACGUCAGGUUACCGUCUGUCCAAAAGGAUCUGGUUCCAUGGCUGAUCUUAAUCUCCCCUCUGUUUCCAUUCCACAGCUUAGGAAAAGCUUGACAAUCUCAAGGACAGUUACUAAUGUUGGUCCAGUUUUGUCAGUGUAUGUUGCUCAUGUUCAAGCGCCUCCUGGAGUGAAGGUGGCUGUUAAACCAUCUUGCUUGUCAUUCAAUGCCACAACGAACAAGUUGAAGUUUCAAGUAACAUUCAGCCCUCUUUUGAGAGUGCAGGGGAGAUAUGCUUUUGGAAGUCUCAUGUGGCAUGAUGGUCAACAUGUUGUUAAGAUCCCAUUGGUGGUUCGAAUAGUAAUUGAUGAUUUAUAUUCUGAUACAUGAAAAUCAUGCAGAUUGAAAUAAGAUUUCCAUUUAAUUGAGUUU